AUGUCUCUGUACUUCGUGAAUAACAUAGCGAGUCGUGGCGCCGUCUCAGCAACUCACGUUGUGGCCCAUCCCCAGUUGCCACUUGUUGCUUCCGUAUGGACAAACCCGCUGCAUGUGUUGGUAACAGACUCGGAGGGUGAAAGCGUUGCCGACCACACGCCCAAGCCGCAAAGUCAGUCGGAUGGUACAAAGGCAACUGAUGAUGUGACUUGCUUGGCAUGGCACCCAGCCCGGCCAGUUUUGGCAAUUGGGACGAGAAGUGGGAAGUUGCUCGUUUGGACACUUCCACCCACGAAACCCACGGAUGCAAACUUCACAUUACACCCACCGGUAGAUGUAGAAAGCGCCCGGGUGCAGCACGUCAAUGGCUCCGUGACAGCGUGUGAAUGGUCCGGUUCCGGCGCGUACCUAGUGACGGCGGCCGAUUCAAAGCGUGCGGUUAUGUGGGUAUUCGAUAGCGGCGCCACAGCUGCUGAAGGCGAAGCUGAUUCGGCAGGGAAACCAGCUUCGCAUUCGACAGUGGCCCCACAGUGGUCUGUUACUACGGACGAAACCGUAACACAUGCCAUGCGUGUGUCGACACCGCCUGUGGUGGCACGGGAGCGGUCGCAGCGCCAGCAGCGGAAACCUGCAGCCGAGGGGGAAAACGCUGAGGGCUCGACAACAGCAAAUCUCCAGGCAGCUGGACUUGAUGACGGUGAAAGCGAGUGCGUGUUCAUACUUGCGUCCAGCAAGGGAAAGACAAUUUUUGGACUCAGCGAGGAACAGAAACUGUUUCCUCUCGCUACCAUGGAAGAAACUGCAGCCGCAGUUUUGUAUGACCCGGUAGAGCGCUAUCUUGUUGCUCUCAGUUUGACGCACAUGUUGACUGUGUACCGUGUUACCCCCACCAUUGUUGCGGAGUUAGUGAUGAGGCGCAAGCUCUCCAUACCGGUUCCUGGCGCCUCAGCCAAUCGGAACCCGUUAGCGAUGGAAUGGGUUUCUGCCGGUGUACUCGUGUUUGGAUGUGGGGAUGACCGGGUGCGUUUUUUCAAUGUGCAAAGUGAUAGAAUGUACGUUGUAAUGCAUCCAUCGGCUCCAUCAGCGCACGUCGUACACAUUGCGACGUUGACGAAAAAGGGACUCCUCGUGAUGGCAACGGCUGAGGGAUCAGUUGCCGUAUUCCAGAAACCUUCCUUUGUUUGCCAGGGGAGUAGCAGCCCGUACGAUGCCAUGGGAGUGAGUGCGUUUGACGUAGGAAUGAGAAGUGGUUCCGCAGCUUCCUCCAAUGCGUUCAAUAAAGGUACAGAGAAAGCGGGUGCUUUCGAGAGCAAUGGUGACCCAGCUGCUGAGUGGGAACUGCUGACGGUUGUCAAGGUAGAGGACCGUGUGGAGCGACUCUGUUUCAGUGGAAAUAACUACAUAUAUGUUACGCUUUCCAACGGAAAACUUCAGAUGCUACGGGAAACAGUUCGGAAACGCGCAUGGGAUGGUGUUGCUGCUGCUACACAAAUUUCGAUGGAGGUGGCGGUGGUUGAAAGUGUUACCGGCUGCCAAUGCUUACUAAAGAGCAGCAGCAAGAUAUACGGUGUGUCCAUCGCCUUUCCUAUCAUCGGCCUUUGGAACGGAUAUCAAAUUGACCUAUACACCGUCAACGAGGCUACCUCUACGGCGACACUGACUAGCUCCGUCCCAUCCAAGAACCCGGCAUUCGCUAUUCACCAGUCUGGAAUCUUUUACGUGAGGGACACCCAUCGGAUUGUGUUCUCCAGUUUCCAAAUGAUUAUGAUAGGGCAGAUUGCAUUUACGGAAGCUGAGGGUGUACCAACAUUAGUUGAUGUGAUGUCAGAUGUUGUCGUGGCGCUAUCGUCUGAGAAUGCAAUGCGGUUAGCCAUUGUGAACAGUAAUGAGGUGACGCCCUUGGGUCCUCCUCGGCUCCUUCCGAAGCUUGGAAACGAUUUGGUUGUGACAAGUAUCAAAGUUAAUGCUGAAGGUCGCCGUGUGGCCUUAAUGGCUCGGUGCGUCUCAAACGACCAGCCGGACACUCGUGUUUGGGUGUAUGAUGCUGAUACCGAUCUGAUGUUUUCGUAUGAUUUCAUGGAACGGAUGGAAAUUCCACAUGCUGUAUACUGGAACACUCCUGAGCCGAAUGGCAACUCCCUUGGCGAGCCCGGAUACCUUUUACUGGCCUGCGAAACGCAUCAGUUGAAGGGCGUUUCCCAGCCUGAUGAACAAAAACCCACGGGACCUCAAGGGAACGUCGAUGGCAGGGACACUUGUAGCCCACCAGAACACAGGGAAAGCGGUGUGCGUUCUCCGAAAAGGACAUCUCAACCGACCGAAUCUAAGAGCAAAGAGGCAACUAAUGGCGCGAUGCCUGAUCUGGAGAACUUUGCGGACGCAAAAGGCAAAUCGGCCGCUGAGGACGCUGAAAAUGGCUUCAGCGCAGUGAACCCACUUGCCCACCGCUCGCACAACCUUGUAACACUUUUCGCAACCAACAGAGGUCUUGUGGUGCACAACUCCGUGGAACUGAAGCGAUAUCACAUAUGUCUGGUUGGCCUAACGAUCCCUGACUUCUUACUUACUUCGGUUCGCAUUAACGGCGACCCUGGCAAUCCGGAGGACUACAUGAUUGAACAGAAGCGGCUUCGGGACUUUGAGGGAUUGAAGACUGAAAAGGACGCGGCAGUGUUGGAGGCUCUCAUGAAAUUUAGCUAUUACUCAACAGUCGGGAAUAUGGAUGAGGCCUACCGAUGUGUUAAGACGAUUAAGACUGCCACCGUUUGGCAGAGCCUCGCAAAGAUGUGCGUUGCCUCCGGUCGAUUGGACGUUGCUAGUGUUUGCUUGGCGCAAAUGCAAGAUGGUGUUGCUGCAAGCGCCCUUCGUGUUGCUCGAACGAACUACCCUGGUGAAAAGGAGGUACAGGUUGCCACACUUGCUUGCAGCCUCGGUCUUGUGAGGGAAUGUGAGGAACUACUGCGAAAAGCAAAACGGUUCGACUUGAUUACCGAUCUCUUCAUUGCUUGUGGAAAGUUUGAGCAGGCGCAACGUCACGCACGUGAGCACGACCGCAUUCGCGUGUACCCAGUCGCGUACAAGUACGCCCAGUUUAUGGAGUCCUUCUCCAACUUUGAUGCGGCGGUGAUGUGGUAUUGCAAUGCAAGGUGCCUUGACACGGACGUUGUACGUUUGUACUUCCAGAACGGUCGCCUCUCUGAUCUCCGUCUUUUGGUGACACCGCCUGAGAAGAAGAGAGAAUCGGCGGAGGUUGCAACGGUUGACAAAGGCAGGUCAAACGCGGAGGCAGAAGCACCAGCGAAUCCCGCCAGCAGUCUCACCGACCCAAAAAGUGUUGGUAUUGCAGGUGACGGAGAGGUACGAGCGGCAAGCGCCGGGGGAAAUCCGAAAAGCGAUGAUAGAGGUCAUGACGACAACCAAGUGCAGCCCAUCUUGCAGAAGCUCUUUGCGCACAACCCUGAGCUCCUGCAUUGGUGGGCGCGGCAGGCUGAGCGUCGAAAGAAAUUCAGCGAGGCAACGAACUUUUACACUCUCGCUGGGGAUGUCUUCAACACCGUGCGACUCCUUUUCAACGAGUCACCACCAAAAACACAGGAGGCCAUUGAUAUUGUAGACAAUGAGAUUAAAAAGAGGCGCAGCGAAGCUGAGAGUUCCAGGACCCCGCUGAUGCAGUCAUCGCCAAAUCAAUCCAUCGAACCAGUUGGUGCAGCGUACUUUGUUGGCAAGCACUACGAACGUAACGGUGACGUAACAUCUGCGCUGAAAUAUUAUCAACACGCUGGUGCGUGGCGGGCAGCUGCCAAAGUGGCCAAGUCGCACGAGCGGCACAGCGAGUUGUUAACGAUUGCUCAAAACAGUGAGGACACGCAUCUAAUGCUUGACUGUGCCGCAUUCCUUGAACAUAACGGUGUGUACGAAAUGUCAGUGGAUCUGUAUCAUCGUAUAGGAGACAUACAAAAGGCGAUCGACGUGUGCAUUAAGGGGAAACAGUAUGACGCUAUGCACCGUAUAAGCUCUACUCUCAACGCCGAAAAGGAUGCAGAGGUUUUUCUUCAAAUGGCUUCUCACUUUGUAGAGAGUGGCCACUACACCAAAGCAGCAGAAAUGUAUAUUUUUGCGAGAGAAUACCCCUCUGCGCUCACUCUUUGUGUGGAGCGUGGUGUUGGCCUCACCGACGAAAUGGCUGAUGCCAUCACCGCUGAAGCGAAGAGGCGCCAGCUUUCGGAUGAUCAAAAGACUGAAUUGGAGCGGCAGAUCGCUGGUAUUGCGAGGGAUCAGGGCAACUGGAACCUUGCGUGCAGAAAAUAUACGCAAUUAGGGGAGCGGGUGAAGGCCAUGAAAAUGCUUAUGCGCGGCGGUGACGUAAAGAAGGUUAUUUUCUUCGCGAACCACUCACGAAGUACGGAGAUCUACACUCUCGCCGGUAAUUUCCUGCAGUCACAGAACUGGCACACCGACGCAAACAUUCACAAACAUAUUGUGCUGUUUUAUACGCGUUCAAAAGCGUUCACAAACCUCAUUUCUUAUAUAGACUCGUACGCCCAGUUGCAAAUCGAUGAAAACCGGAACUACUACGAUGCAUGGUGUGCCUUGGAUGAGUGUAUUGGCCAAGUGGAGCGUAACCGAGAUGCGAUGUGUGAUGUUAACAUUACAGGAAAGAUGGAGGGGUUGCGCGUCCGCCGUGAUAUCGUGGCACAGGCGGUAAAAGCGGUGAAACUUCUUGCUGACAGCGGCAAGGGAGAGGAGCAGGCGAAGGAAUUCAUUGCAGUCUGCUCUGAUCUUGUUAAGCGAAGCCGACCGAGCCACAAGGACCAUGCGGACAUAACAUCUUCCAUUCGCAUUGGUGACAUCUUCGCCUUGCUAGUAAGGCACUAUCAUGAGAACAUGAAGGCGUCAACGGAUGCGAUGCGAGUCAUUGAUAGUAUGGUAAAGCACGGCGCAGAACCGCAGUUCUUCGUCGAACGUGAUCUUCUUGAGUCAGUGUGUAAAAGCAAUGGAAGGAGGUUAUCAGAAUUUGUCAGCGGUGACAACAUCACCGAUAAUACAAAGGACGACGGUGUUAAAGGAGGUCGUCAGAUGGAGGGCAUCUAA